UCAAAGCGUAAAAAUUGGUUGGAUGCAUGUGGAAAUAAAACUUGUUAUUCAGCAUCAACUCGGCUUUAUUGUUGUGAAGAUCAUUUUGACCUAAAAGUGGAUAUGGACAAUUGGCUGGAGUGGACAAUGGUUGGUGGUAACAAGCGGAUAAAAAAUAAUGUUGUGCCGCAUAAAUUUAUUCAUGAACCAAAUCCCAUAAACAUAGAUGAUGCUCGUUCAAUGGAAGUUCAUCAACAAGGUUUUGAAAAACUUGAUUUAUCUAUUGAUAAUUUAACACUAGACCAAAACUCUAGCAGUACAAUGGAUAAUGUUAAUCUAGAAGUGAUUGAGUCACUCAAUUGUAUUGCUGAAGAACAUUCUAAUAAUAAUAUAUUCAAUAAUAUGAAUAUCAACGAUCAUCAAGGAUCUGAAAUGAUACCAGCAUUCAAUAAUGUUUGUCAUGAUUAUCUCGCUACUGGAAAUGAAAAAAUUAAUGUUGCUGUUCAAGUUAAAAUAAGGAGCUCAUGCAGAAGUACGAAAGUUCAAUGUAAACCUCAGACUAAAGAUCGUGCAACGUCUCCAAUUGAACUGUCAUUUGAGAACAAAAAUCUGCACAAUUCUUGUUCUUUGCCAACGAACAAUCGUCAACUGACAAAUCUAUCGCCUAACAUCUCAAAUUUAUCACCUAACACAACAGUGAGUUCAUUUCCCACUUCUUCAUCAGAUAAUUUUUUAUCCACACAUGCAAGUACUGAAAAUGAAUGGAAAAGUGCAUUUCAACAAGAAGAAUUUCAAAAAUGUAACUCGAAGCAAACAUUUGAGAGAAUUCGAUUAUCGCCUCGUAAAUAUAUCGGAAUCCCGAGUGACUGUAUGGAUCUUAUUGAUAUUUUACGUACUGCUAACUUAACUGACGUUGAUGUAUUUAUCACGUUAAAAAAAAUACGAUUAAAUGAAAGUUUUGCUAUUUUAGCUGAUGAUUUUGGAAUGUACACUUCUAAUAUAAGUCGCAUAUUUACAAAGACUUUACCAAUCAUGGCAAAAUAUUUAAAAGACUUUAUUAUUUGGCCUUCAUCAGCAAGAAUCAAACGUCAGUUGCCAAUAAGCUUUCGAAGUCGUUAUGCUGCAGUAGAAUCAAUAAUUGAUUGUUUAGAAAUUGAAAUAGAAAAGCCAACAGAUCCUGUAAAACAAUCAUCGACUUGGUCUGAAUACAAAAAGUGUAAUACGGUUAAAUAUUUAGUUUCUUGUACUCCUGAUGGAAUAGUUAAUUUUAUUUCACCUGGAUUCGGUGGUAGAACAUCGGAUGCUGAAAUCGUCUCUCAAUCUGGAUAUUUGGAUUGUUUGAAACCAGAUGCUGCUGUACUAGCUGAUAGAGGCUUUAAACACAUUGAAAACUUGGUGAUUGCUAAAAACUGUACGUUAAUUGUUAAUUAA